AUGGGCCGGACAACUCUCUUGCGGAGGAGCAGGAGGCGGCCGGCCAGUCGACUCACCGACGACCUCAUCGUGGAGAUCCUGUCCCGGCUCCCCUUCCGGUCCGUCUGCCGUUUCAAGUGCGUCUCUAAGCCCUGGCGCGACCUCAUCGCCCACCCCGCCCACCGCAAGAAGCUGCCCCACACCCUCGCCGGCGUCCUCUACACCACCAUCACCGGUGCCGGCGGCUAUCGCUACCACCUGGCCGGCCUCUCGGCCGAGGCCGACGGUCUUGAUCUCGACCCUUCACUCACGUUCCUGCCACAUACGGAGUACAGGUACUUCGGGCUGGAGCGCGCCUGCAAUGGCCUCCUCCUCUGCUCCUACAGACCAGACGCUGAAACAGUCCGUUUAGUCGUCUGCAAUCCCGCCACCCGGAGGUGGACGGAGCUGCCCCCUCGCCUGCAGCCGCGGCCAAACACAUGCCACACGGAGCUCCAUCUGGCUUUCGAUCCAGCAGUCCCGUCCCAUUUCCACGUUUUUGAUUUCGAGCACAAUGUCAACCGGAGCGGAAUCACAGGAGCGAGCAUCUACUCGUCGAGAACCGGAGCCUGGAGCCACAGGGAUGCUGCUGGAUUGGUUGACGAAAUUUAUCUGACCCGUCACAGUGUCAUGGUUGGCGGUAUGCUGCACGUUGUCGGCAACCUGUCGGUGGUUGCCGACAGCAACGAUUGGUAUGACAAGACUGUGCUGGUGGCUGUGGACAUGGAGGGCAAGUUGUGGAAGACCAUCUCCGUGCCACGCGGCCAGUAUUAUGGGACAGUUGGGUGGUCACAGGGGUGCCUGCACUAUGCUGCUAUAUCUCCAGCUCCUCUCGCUGUCGGGGAUGACAACGAUGAGGGUUCACUCAACAUGGCUGAAGAGGUAGCGAUCUGGCGCCUUGAGAAUUAUGACACCCAGCAAUGGGCGCUGAAGCAAAGUUUCAGAGUUGAUAAGGUGCUGGACCUAGCUAAGCUGGGGUACAAGCUGGUUGGGUUCCAUCCCGAUCGUGACACCUUCUUUUUGGUCAGCAGUGGUCUUUAUGGCGGAGUUGCGCCUUCAUUGGUGUCGUGGGACAUGCGCCGCCGCCAAAUUGGUGAUUUCAUUGACCUCGAGGAAGGCAGUGGGGGGCCAUAUCUGCCUUAUGUUCCUCUCUUCUCAUCAGAGCCACUAGCAGAUGCAGAUGGGCACUAGUUCAGUUCGACUCAUGCUUGGGCUUGCUCCAAUGCAAUGGAAUAGUCAUAGAAGCGAAGGGCGUCGGGUACUUCAAGCCGUGGCGUCGAGCUCACUUUGGUGGUUGUGGACUUCUUCCAUGCGAGCAGGGGAUGGGCUCUUAUAAUCCUAUGGCCCGCAACAUGAUUGGAGUGGGAUGAUGCUAUACGAGAUACGCUUGAUACAUUGUCGUUGCCUUUAUUUGGUCGAUUACUCUUUAUAUGGAUGAGGUGGUCAUGGAUCGAUUACCCUUUAAUUGUGGUUUGUGUUGGACUCUGGUUAUCUUGUUUUGAGCUGGUGAUCAGCGUCGUAUUAUGGGCGCUUCCAUGGGUGUCUUAUUUCU